AUGUAUCUGAACGUAGAAGAAUCGCUUCCCUCGAUCCUUGUUCGCGUCUUCUUCACUAGUGAUCUCUUUGGUCGGAAAAAGGUUUUUAAUCAGAUAUCGAAAAGGAGAGGAUGGGAGGCGCAGGUAACAAUAUCCAGAGGAGUUUUCGAUGAAGUAGCUCAAAGAGAUAGUAUACCAAAGGUGGUGGAGAGGAUCUUGCACCACCAGAAGAUAUUUGGUCAAGAGGAAAUUGUUGAAUCAACAUGGGGAGUUAUAAAAGAGGGGAGAGUUGGGCUUUUGUGGGGGGUAUAUGGUACGGGGGGUGUAGGGAAGACCACCUUCCUCUCUCAGAUCAACAACAAAUUCCUCACAGAAAGCAAUGACUUCGACGUUGUUAUAUGGGUCCUAGUCUCUAGAAACCCAAAUGUCAAGAGGAUCCAAGAAGAGAUUGGGAAAAGACUAGAGCUCUACGAAGAAUGCUGGGAGAAGAAAACAGAGAAUGAGAUAGCAUCUGUCAUUAAAAGGUCGUUGGAGAGGAACAAGUACGUGCUAUUGCUGGACGAUAUGUGGGAGAAGCUGGAUUUGGCGAGCAUUGGAAUACCUGAUCCGAAGAGAAACGGAAGUAAGAUUGUAUUCACCACACGUUCUAACGAAGUUUGUGGGAGCAUGGGGGUAGAUGUGGAAAUAGAAGUAAAACGUUUGAUGUUGCGGGACGCUUGGGACCUGUUCACUAUGAACAUGGAAGAGACAUUACGUAGCCAUAGAGAUAUUCCCGAUGUUGCACUAAAGAUUAUGAGAAGCUGCAAGGGGUUGCCGCUUGUUCUCAGUGUCAUCCGCGAGGCGAUGUCUCGCAAGAAUUCGAUCAAAGAGUGGCGUGCUGCGCUUGGUGUGUUGUCUUCCUCCGCUGCUGAGUUCGCACGUAUAGAAGAUGUGAUUCUUCCCAUGCUGAAAUUUAGCUACGAUGAGUUGAAGUCCGAGACGACCAAGUCGUGCUUCUUGUUCUGCGCCUUGUUUCCUGAAGAUUAUGAGAUAGGGAAAGAUGAGUUGAUAGAGCAUUGGGUGAGUCAGGGGUUUAUAAUUGGUUCUAAAGGUAUAAAUGAUCGGGGUAACGCAAUCUUGGGCACUCUCAUUCGUGCACAAUUACUCGAGGAGAGUGGAUCCAGAGAACACGUGCAGAUGCAUGAUGUGGUUCGCGACAUGGCUCUGUGGAUAUCAUCAGGAUGUGGUGGUGAUCAGAAACAAGAGAAUGUUCUUGUUGUGAAGGCCAAUGCUCAGCAAAAUGUUGCUUCCACUUGAUUCUAUAAGAGCGCCUUGAACCAAAAUGUUGUCAUAAAAGCAGAAGAAGAGUGGCUGAAAGGGCUUCAAUGGGAGGUUGAAGCGACUAAGGAGCGGUUUCUCCCAAGCUAUGAAAAAGGCAUUAUUUGGAGGAAACCUUCAUCCUCCAAGACUUGCGUACGCGUGGCACAUUUCCCUCUGGCUUUGCUUUGUGCGUGCGUGAAUUGUCUUUAAAACUUCCAUUUGCUCUACUAUGUAUUUCA